AUGUACCAUGGCAACCUCAAUGUUUUUACAGGUUAUGGGCUCAGGUCUCGACUGAUGUUCAAUGGAGGCGAAAGGAAAUACAAAUUAUGGGAGGUAAAAUUCAUGGGUUUUAUGCUGCUACAAAAACUACAUGAUGUUUUCAUGAGUACAGAUGAUCUUGAAGAGGAACAAAAUGUUGAAAAAGAUAGAGAACAAUCAUUUGCAAAAUUCAAGGUUGCACUUCGUAGCUUUGAGGAAACAGAAAAACAGAACUGUCCUCAUAGUAGUGAGGAUACUGUAAUGAUGAACUACACAAAACCCAUGCAGUGUUUCACAUGUCACAAAUAUGGACACAAGUCAUUUGAAUGUAAAACUCUCAAAGAGCAAAAAUAA